UUUCUAAUUCAGUAUAUACGAUACAGUGAAUUGAUCAACAACUAUUCAAUCGCAAGAAUAUUUGUGGCAUUGUUGUUAUUCUCUUUAUUUGUAUGAUGAAUUCCAAGAAAGGAUCAAAUUCGGUUCCAGCAAUUGAUGCUGAAAAAUCCACAAAGGAGUAUGAUCCAUUUGCAUCGAGGAACAUUGAACAUCCGACAACAGAUCGAGAAACUUUAGUGCAUCUUAUGAAAGCAUCACUUGGCACAGGGAUUUUGGCAAUGCCAUACGUAUUCAAGCUUGGUGGAUUGGCAACGGGUUUUUUUAUCGCAUUAGUGACUUCAUUCAUUUGCGCACAUUGCAGUUACAUAUUAGUCAAAUGUGCGCACAUUUUGUACAAACGAACAAGAACAUCAUCAAUGACAUUUGCAGAAAUCGCCGAGGCUGCCUUUGUAAAUGGUCCGAAUGCUGUUCAUGGCUUGGCACCGUUUGCACGACAUUUUGUCACAAUUUUAAUGUUUGCUACAUACUUUGGUGCCUGUGCCGUCUAUGCAGUGAUCAUUGGUGAAAAUACAAAACAAAUGUAUGCGUAUUAUACAUCAACUGAAGAAGAAAAUGUCAGUCUUCGUAUAUGCAUUUUGAUAUUUUUGAUACCACUCGUUCUAUUUUCGUCCAUUCGAAAUUUGAAAUUUUUGGCUCCUGUUUCAAUGUUGGCCAAUAUAUGCAUGGCAAUCGGUUUGUCCAUAACUAUUUACUAUUUCCUAAGCGAUUUACCUGAUUUGGCGAAACGUCCGAUGGUGGGCGAGAUUUCUGCAUUUCCAUCAUCAAUUGCCAUUACAAUAUUUGCAAUCGAAGCGAUUGGCGUUGUGAUGCCACUGGAAAAUCAAAUGAAAACACCACAAAAUUACGUGGGUGUCUUUGGUGUCUUAAACAAAGGAAUGGCCAUCGUUACAGCUGUUUAUCUUGUAGUUGGAUUUCUUGGUUUCUGGUGUUUUGGACGUAUCACGAUGGAAAAUAUUACCAGGAAUCUACCAGUUAACGAAAAAAAAGCACAAGUGGUUAAAAUUGCUGUACUACUUUCAGUUCUUAUGACUUUCAGUUUGCAAUUGUAUGUUUGUAUUGAAAUAGUAUUUAAUGCAGUUAAAGAUCGUGUCGGCAAUAAACAAGUGAUGACAAAUUAUGUCAUUAGGGUAUUACUCUCUACAUCGGCAGUUUUGCUUGCUGUGGCUGUGCCAACAAUGGGCCCAUUGAUUGAAUUAGUUGGUGCUUUUGGUUUUUCCUGCUUUGGACUUAUACUUCCGGUUAUUAUUGAGAUAAUGACAUGCUGGAACUAUGGAUUCGGGCGAUUCAACUGGAUAUUGAUAAAAAAUUUCAUUUGCGUUGUAUUUGGGUUGUUUGCACUAAUUUUCGGUACGAGAUCAGCCAUUGCUCAAAUCUUCCAACAUUUCUCAUAAACUUUGAACGCUGAUUUUUUAUACUAGUAUAUAUCUUUAAUCAAAAGCAAGACAAAAAAUACAAAACUGCAACUUUCUACCAUAAAUAAGAGCAUUUAUAUUUCAAUAAUUAUUUGUUUAAUUUUUUUUACAUUUAAUCCAAUCAAAUAAAGAUAUUAAACGAUGUUCUCGUUUAAGGGCAUAAAAACGAUA